AUGAAGUUCCAGUUUUCCUUGGUGAGCAACAAAGAAGAAGGUUCUGCACUUCCACCAGACUUGCUUGAUUUGGAUGAGGAAGUCUUUUACGUGCGUGUUGAAAGAUCUGUUCGGGAGGGUCGCAAGCACGACGGGAAGGUCAUUGCAGAGGUCGAGCAGCAUUUGAAUAAGCACCAGUUUGGACGCCACCUUCCAGCAAAACAGGCGAAGAAGGCUAUGACAGAGCUGGGAAUUCCGGCGGAACACAUUCCAAGUGAUCGAGCUUUAGAUGGUGUCAGACACCGACAUUUGGAAGAGGGCAAAUCCUAUGACGGCAAGUUCGUUUCCACAUUUGCAGCUGUUUGCCAAAACCCACCCUCGCCUGUCGUGGUGCUUCACACGGAAGAGACACCUCUGGUUUCAGAAGAAACGGUUCGGGUCUUGUUCUACGAGCAAGAGAAUUUGGACGCCGUGAUUGCCUACCUUCGCACACAGGAUCGGUGUGUGCUCGUCAUGGAUGCCACAUUCAAGACCAAUGUGCAGGAUCUUGUGUUAGCUAGCCUCGGACUGGUCAUCUUGCACCAGGUUGGCGGAGUGGUGCGCAAUCGAUUCUGGCCGGUAGUUUGUGCUGUGUGUGACAAGGAAGAUGAACCGUGUUAUGCCCUCUUAUGUCGAUCUUUCCAGAAGCUAUUGGAAGCUUCGGGUUUGGAUUGGGAGCAAGUGCAUGUUCCAGACGCUACUUUGCACCGGGACUUAGAACACAUAAAGAAAGACGUCAAGCGCACCGGGAGCAAGAAGAAAGUUGACUCAGAGUUGACAUUGGAGAUAACGGAAAUCAUCCAGUUCAGCGCGAAAAUCGCACAUCCACUACAGUUCCAUGUCAUCUGGGAAGACACGUUGCGAAGGUUGCGUGACCCCGAAGACUGGAAUCAGGAGAAAUUCGCGGAUUACUUGGAGAAGUGGGUCUUGCAGAAGAAAGGCUUGUGGUGGAGCGCAGAUUGGCAGAGUGGUCUCGGUCAAGUGUGCCCGGGCUACGGUACUUAUGUGUCGAAUUCCCAAGAGCGGGCUUGGCGUUCGAUCAAAGGUCUUUUCAAGAAAGGCUUCCGACACCAGGAUGUCAGCCAAUUGGUGCGUGAAACAGCAGUGACCCUGCAGACUCUGGUGCGCGGAGGACAGUAUGCCAAAGCAUGCUUUCAAAUCGAGGAGCCUCCUGAGUCACUUGCGUACAGUGCGAAAAGGUUAAAGUCCGAGCAAGAUGAUGAAGGAAUCCAAUCCCACCGGCUCACAUUGGACUUGAUGCAGCAGUGGCGAGAUAAGGAAGGCAUGCGGCAUGUGUCGUGUGACGCAAACACCUUUCUCAAGUACGAGACUGCGGGCCGCAUCAGGGUAGACUGUCGGACGGUGGACAUUACUUCAGUCAUCGUUAUGCCAAAGUACAAACUGGAGUAUGCCAAGAACAAGAAAACGGACAUGGUGCAGCGGUUGGACUUGGCACUUUGUUCUUUGUAUGAAGACGGUGAAGCUGCUUUUCGCACUGCUUUGGGAAACCCAAGGCAGUGGUCCUUUUCCAUGCAUAAAAAAUUGUUCUACAAGUACACUGUGAUGUAUGUGCUUAGCACGGGCCGUGUCGUGGAUGAACAUCCACAUUUUGUGCACAGUAGCUGCAGCGAGCAGGCUUUCUUUUACAAAUCCGUGUUAGGCGGCUUGAAUCUCCACCCCAUUGCAAGGGGCCCCAAGACUCUCAAAGCCAGGCGUCCACGGCGGGACAGGCGAACCGAGGAGUUUCGCAAAAAAAUGCGUACUCCUUCGCCUUGA